AUGGCGGCGCCCUGCAGAGUCCCUCAGCUGCUCCGGGCUUCUUUCAGGAGAUUCUCCGGAGUCGCAGCUUCAGCUCGAAGUUUCAGCGGAGACGGAAAAACUCACUUCGGCUUCGAGACGGUUCCGGAAGAGGAGAAAGCGAAGCGAGUGUAUAAGGUGUUCGAGAAUGUGGCUCAGAAGUACGACGUCAUGAACGACGCCAUGAGUCUCGGGGUUCAUCGUCUGUGGAAGGACGCCCUGCUGCACGCCAUGCACCCCCAGCCCGGGGCACGCCUCCUGGAUGUGGCGGGUGGAACAGGGGACAUCGCCUUCCGUUUCCUGGAGUACGUUCGAUCUCAGCAGCAGCGGCGAGAGCGGCGUGCGGCUCGGUCCAUGCAGACGCAGUCGUGGACGGACAUCUCCAGCAGCUACGGCACGGAGGGCGAGGACGGACCCCCGGAGUCCAGGGCGGUGGUGUGUGACAUCAACAAGGAGAUGCUGAAAGUGGGCAAACAGAAAGCUGACAGCACGGGCGCCAGUGCUGGGCUGUCGUGGGUGGUGGGGGACGCAGAGGAACUUCCCUUCGACGACGACCAGUUUGACAUUUACACCAUCGCCUUUGGCAUCCGCAACGUCACUCACAUCGAUCAGGCACUUCAGGAGGCUCUGCGGGUCCUGAAGCCCGGCGGCAGGUUCCUGUGUUUGGAAUUCAGCAAAGUGACGAAUCCCUUGUUGGCAAAGCUUUAUGACGCGUACAGUUUCCAGAUGAUCCCGGUUCUGGGAGAAGUGAUCGCUGGAGACUGGAAGUCGUAUCAGUAUCUGGUGGAAAGUAUCCGCAAGUUCCCCGACCAGGAGGAGUUUAAAGGUAUGAUUGAAGACACAGGAUUCUACUGCGCUCAGUUCCACAACCUCACCGGCGGAGUCGUGGCUCUUCACUCCGGCUUCAAGCUGUGAGAUGAACUCCGAACAUCCUGUGGAAGAAAAAAACAUGAAAGCAAAAAGACUGGCUCUGUGUUUCAGGCUUUUUCUGCCUGUGUGGUAAACUGUCGAUGGAGUUCAUGAACAGAACGUGAACUCAAGACGAUCGUCUCUGCAGACGCCAGCGUGCACUUUAAAAAACUCUGAGGUCAGUGCACGUAUUUAUUCUGCUUAUGAAGCUGUGGAUAAUUUAUCAGUUCAAGUCCUGGCAGAGAAAAAAACCAAAUGUCCCAGUGGGUUGAACCAUGUGAGAGCAAAUGGGUUUGAAUAUUUUUUGUAACAUCUUCAUUUUCACUGUGGAAAAUAAA